AUGCCGACCAUCACUACCCAACAUCUACACCAGUGGUUUUCAGCAUUGGAGGUACUGCAUUGUGAUCUUAAGAGUAGCAAUGUACUUAUAUCAGAGAGCUGGGAGGUGAAGAUAUGUGAUUUUGGUUUAUCCUUCAUGACUGGUGAGUCCAAUAGAGAUGCUAGAUUACCUUUGGGAUGCGUGGGUACUCAUCAUUGGAUGGCUCCAGAGAUACUACGUGGAGAGGAGUAUUCUCAGUAUGCAGAUGUAUACAGUUUUGGCAUGAUACUAUGGGAGAUGGUAUAUCGUAUGAUACCUUACGCUCAUUUAUCGGCCUUACAAGUCAUAGGUAUCGUGGGAUAUGGACAUAGAGUUCAUCAUCAUGGACCAUCUAGACCAUUAUUACCAAUGGAUGAUUGUCCUAUGCCUUUACGAAACAUCAUGAUGCGUAGUUUACGCUAUGUCCCGGCGACAAGGCACACUCUACUUGGCAGAGUACCACUCCUUGGAGUCGUCAGGGAGUUGAUUCAGAGCACCCUACUCCAGACUAUCAGACAACUGAGUGAGUCAGACCUGGAUAAUGAUAUACCUCUGAGUGGAGUAUCUUUGGUCAUGUUUUAUGCACCUCAAUGCCCUUAUUGCCAAAGUUUUAAACCUUUCUUCGAGAAUGCUGUCGAGAAGCUCGCCAUGCAUGAUCCUCCUAUAAGAUUUGGUAUGCUUGAUGGAAUACAAUACCCUAAUGCGAUCUCGAAGCAUGAGAUACCAUAUUAUCCGACGGUUAAGUUAUUCAUCGACAGUCAAGCUUAUCAACUUCCCCUUAGUGAGAUGGAUGUUGGUGACCCUAAAUGUGCCGCUAAAGUUGUCAACUGGGUCAAUCGAUUCACUGAUAAGAAUCAUGUUAUGGAAUCCGUAGGGGACCUUGAUAAGUUUGCCGAGAAUAACCCCUUCCUUGCUAUUGGUCUUUUCGACAAAGAACAAGAUGGGGAAUUUUUCAAGCACAGUACAAUGCACUUUGACGAUGUAUUCUUCGCUACGGCAUAUGGUGAAGUAGCUGUGGAGAUAGUGGAUCAUUUAUAUAACAGACGUAAAAUAAGCAGUAAACCACCUGGAUUUCCUGCAAUUAUCCUUCUGUAUCAUCAUGAUCAUCACCAUGCUAUCUAUCAUGGAGAAUUGGAAUAUCAUAAGGUCGACAGAUUUAUUCUUUCAAGAAGGGUGCCUUCAAUGACGGAGUAUACUCCUGAAGGUGCAGAGACACUGCUAUCAAGUGGUAUGCCAGUACUGUAUCUCAUACGGGAUAAGGAUACUCAGGCAGGCAAGGAGGCGGAAGCUGACCUCAGAGAGAUUUCCAGGGAUUUAGCUGGUAGUGUACUCUCCGCGGUGUGUGAUACAUCUGGUGGACAUCACAUAGACAACUUGUUGAAUGAGCUUGGGGUGGAUCCUAGGGAUGCCAAGGAGAAUCCCAUAGUUCGUAUAUUGUAUCAUCCGUCACGGGAAGCGAAGCAUGUCUCAUUCUUUGACUCGAGUGUUUUGAAGUUCAGGCCACUCGAAGAUGUAUCUUCGAGAAGGACUAAGUUGGACAAGAGCUAUUAUCGAAGCCUCGUAAGGCAUUUUGAUGAGGGCAGGCUUCAUCCAUACAGAAGGUCCGAGCCUGUACCAGAAUACUGGGGGAACGAAGGAGUCCUACAGGUCGUAGCUGAUAACUUCGAUGAUAUCGUCAUGAAUGAUGAGCAAGACGUCCUGGUCAACUUCUUUGCACCAUGGUGUGGUCACUGCCGCCAACUCAGCCCCAUAUAUUCAGCUCUUGGAGAGAAGGUGAAGCAUCUCAGAUCCACGUUGAAGAUCGUGAAGGUUGAUGCCACCCAGAAUGAGCUGUCUUUCAAAGUUGAUGCUUUUCCAACUAUCCUACUCUAUCCUGCGGGAAGGAAGUAUUCGCCAGUAGAAUUUCAUGGUCGUCGGACAGUAGAAAACUUCAUUGAGUUCCUCAAGUCGAAUGCUGUACACAAGAUCAUAGACAAGCCCGCUGUUUACGAUGCAUAUGGGAAUAUAGUGGAGAAUCCCGAAGAGCUAUAACUUGACCAUGAUGCUGUUGAUGCUGCUGUUACCGAGAGUGAAACUACCUUCGAUUCACACCAUACUCAGGAUACUCUCAAUCACAAUCAAUAAUCGGCUGUUGAAAUUGACCUCUUCAUAUCAAGUGGAAGGUGUUUUUACCCUCGUUAGCUUGGUUAACCGAAAGUCUCUUUAUUAUUAUCAUUCGAACAACAGGGAACCAUUAAAUCGCCUUCAAACUGGUGUGGUAUCGGUCAAUCCAGUAUC